CCCUCCUUGCCCGUCUUCUAUCACGAAGCGAAGUCUAGCUAGCAGCAGGCUAACUCCGCCGGGCUACAAAGCCGCAGACCCGUGGCAUUACCAACAAGAUGCACCACGUUUUAACUUUUUAAGCAGCCCUUCUAAACCGGAGGUGACUGGUAUGGUGUCGGAGAAUGGAAGUGGACGACGUGUCGGUUCGAGAGCAACUUUUCCACAACCGUGUGCGGGAAACCAUAAUCUGUGUGCUCCUGUUUACGUGCCUCUACAUGGUGUCUUACCUCAUACUUACCCAUUUCAAGAAGACUGCCGAGUAUGUCACAGAUGAUAUUGAGGAUGCCACCGUCAACAAGAUUGCGCUGUGGCUGUGUACGUUCACCCUGUCAGUCGCAGUGUGCGCUGUGCUCCUUCUGCCCAUCUCCAUCCUGUCCAAUGAAGUGCUGCUCACCUUCCCGCAGAGCUACUACAUGCAGUGGCUCAAUGGAUCCCUUAUCCACGGUUUGUGGAACCUAGUUUUUCUUUUUUCCAAUUUGUCCCUGGUGUUCCUCAUGCCUUUUGCCUACUUCUUUACGGAGUCUGAGGGAUUCGCAGGAUCCAGAAAGGGUGUUAUGGCACGAGUGUACGAAGCCGUUGUGCUGCUGUUGCUGCUGGCUCUGCUUGUGCUGGGCAUUGUUUGGGUUGCAUCAGCCCUCCUCCAUGACAACAUAGCUAGGAAAAGCCUCUAUGACCUGUGGGAGUAUUACCUUCCUUAUCUGUACUCGGGCAUCUCUCUGUUUGGAGUGUUGCUGCUUUUGCUGUGCACUCCCUUUGGACUGUCCCGCAUGUUCAGUGUAACUGGCAAGCUUUUGGUCAAACCGCGGCUGUUGGAAGACGUCGAAGAUACUUUGAGCUGCACCUCAUUUGAGGAAGAUUCACUAUGCAGGAAAUUGAAAAAAAUUGAAGGUAGCGGUACAACAUCGUGUUGGGUCAAGCUGAACAUGGAGGCGAUGCAAAAAGAGUACCGAACAGUCCAGAGGAAACGCAUCGCCCUGGAAAUGCGGGGGAAGGCGUCCCCAUGGCAGCGUAACUUGGGCUAUCCGCUGGCCAUGCUUGUGCUCCUGGCGCUGACGGUGAUGUGUGUCCUGAUGGUCUGCUUUAAUGUGUUGGAGUUGCUCCUAGAUGAGGCGGCGAUGCCCAGAGGAAUGGAGGACCCUCAUCUUGGAAUGGCCUCCUUCUCCAUGUUUGGCUCCCUGGGCGCAGCAGUGCAAGUAGUCCUUAUCCUCUAUCUGAUGGUGUCCUCAGUGGUGGGUUUCUAUAGUUCACCUCUCUUUACUGGCCUCCUGCCACGCGCACAGGACACCAACCUUACACAGAUAAUUGCAAACUGCGUUUCACUGCUUAUUCUGAGCUCAGCGCUGCCGGUGUUUUCGCGCACACUUGGGAUCACGCGCUUCGAUCUGCUGGGAGACUUUGGUCGGUAUAACUGGCUGGGGAACUUCUACAUUGUCUUCCUGUACAACAUGCUGUUUGCUGGUCUCACCUCCGCCUCUCUGAUAAAGACGGUGACCUGGGCCGUGCAGAGAGAGCUCAUCCGUGCCUUUGGCCUCCACAGACUGCCUUUAACUGUGUCCCGCUCCACCGUCCCCUUCAGACUCCUUUUGGCCAGUGGACUGUCUAAAAUACAGUGAACAUUCCUCCUCGCCACUGCUUCAACUUAACCGUUCUAGAAAUGGAUCCACUUCAAAUGUGCCCAUAUUGGAUUAAAGACAUUUGCAAUGAAGACUUUGCCACUGGGCACUUGGUUCCCCCCCACCUCUGUGAAGUGACCAAAAAAGGGGACACGUCUGUCCCCUGUGUCCGGUGGGGGCUCUGCUCGAAGCUUUAAUGAACAAUGAAUCAGGGUCCAAUUUUACGCCGUGUUUUGACUGCGGGGACAAGUGUGCAAGCAGUUAGCUGAUCCUCUCACACAAUGUGAUGCCUCACGAAAAGAGGAUCCAGUGAAGAGCCGUUGUUCAGUUGAAAGUUGGUACAGUUAUUUUGAAAUUUUACUCUGCAACUGUGAUGUAAUUUCCUCUUCCUGCUUCAGGUCGAUCGAGUGCACUCUUUUGCUUUUUUUGCUAUUUUAAGAGGAGGAAUCUUACUUGUUUUGUGAUCCAGUGCUAUUUAAGUUCAUAAGUUGUUAUUGGGAACAAAUGGGACACAGGGUACCUUGUCGGUCUAUGGAUCUGCAAGUUACACAGGGAAUAUGCGAGGUGAGGUAACCUCCGUGUGGGACCACUUCUACAAAUCCAGUUAGAUCGUAGAAUUCAGAACAUUUUUAUUGGUGAUUGACAAUUAUGCAGGGUUUCUACUUUUGUAGAUGACCGUAAGCUUACUGGGGAUAACUCAUUCAAUUACAUAAAUACACUAAAAGCUUUACACUUCAACUUGUGAAAACAUUUGCCUUCCGACACUCACUAUGAGGUACUUCUGCCUUCGACCUAUCAAACUGUGAAUUAUCAAAAAUGUAUGCGGGAAAGUGCAAUAUUUUUAUAAGUAAACACACGUUUUACCAAAAGUCCAUUUUAAAACUUCAUGUUGUU